ACCAAAACGAAAGCUCCACUCCAAGAACACCUUUAAGUUUCAUUUUUCAUCAAACACUGAUUGAAAAAAAAUAUAUUAUUUAAAAUUUUAUUUAAAUAUUGUAUUUGUUAAUGUUCUUCUUUGGUUAAACUUAUAGGACUUUCUAUGCAAAAAAUGUCUUUGAGUUACUGCCCUCUGCUGGUCAAUACCGGAAUGACAUCGAAAACUCUAUAACAUAACAUAAAUAAAUGUGACACCGUAUGUAAAUAUCAACAUUCCCCGUUGAUCCAGCAGACAUUUGCAGGAGGAGAAUAACCAUGAAGACUGUUGUGCAGGUCAGAGCUGGGCUGGAUCAUCGGUUGCCAUGGUAAAGCGGACGCUGAAGACAGACAGGUCCUGCCUGGUCCCUGCAGAAUGCAGCACAGCCAGGAUUCCCUUUCCCCCCGCCCCUCAGACUCAGCAGACUCCAGCAACAGGAAGCUCGAGCAGUCAGCCUAACUUCAGCACGACCUCAAAGGAAACUGAUGGGCGGAGCCACCAGGAAGGGUCUAAUGGAGAGGCGGAGUCAAAGAUAAGCAAAAUUGAUGG